AUGCCCACACGUGCUCACGUUUACCGACCCGCCCUCCCCCAACCCAGGCCACUGACCGUCUCCCCGUCGAACACGUUUGUGUGUGUGUGUGCGGAGCCAGGCACGUUCAAACACGCCGUACUAGCUGGUCAGAUAGAUGCCCUCUGCCACGCCACUCUGUCAAGGGCCUCACAUCUUGGGAGGGCGUAUUGGACAGUAGAUGUCGAUGCAGCGUUGGAGAUCCACCUAGCUCCCGGGACUAAUCCAGAUUGUCUCAAACGGCGCAGCUUGCGAAACACGAACCUUCCGACUCUUCAGCAGGCCUACCAGGAAUCAGAAAAGGAGAUUCAUACCGGCGACAAACCGACUUGUCGAUUAAACCUCCUGAGGCUCUCAUAA